AUGUACGCCAUCGUUGCCACAGUGACGUCCAGCAAGCAGGGCGGCAAGAUCUCUGAAGUGCCCUGCGAGGAGUGUGCGAUUGGCUGGAGGGCCAACAAGUUCUUCAUUGCCAUCUUUUCCUCUUGGGAGAAGGAGGAGGAGGGCGACGCAAACAAGGCCUGGGUACGCGGCCUAAUGGAGGAUCUGAAGAAGUUCAGGGCCGCCACCAACUACAUCAACCUGGCCCUGCCCGAGUGGAAGAAGCGCCAGGCCAGCGACUUCUACGGUCCGCACCUCCAGCGUCUGCGCGAGCUCAAGCUCAAGUGGGAUCCCGACAACUUCUUCCGCUUCCAGACCUGCUUGACCGACUGA